AUGAAAGAUAACCUGAAUGCUGUAAGUGAUAUAAAGUUAAGCAAUCAUAGCAUCAAUAAAUCUUUGACAAAUAACAUAAAUCACAUCCUUAUUUCUAACUCUUAACUCAAAUCAAAUGUUGGACUUGAAUAAGGCUCACGGAUGUCGAAGGGCAAUAACUCAAGACUGUUUUAAGAUGUAAAAAUUAAGAGACUCUCAACUGCAUUUAACUCAAGAAGACAGAGCUCUGAUAAUGCUGAUAAUCAUUAAAUACAAUUGAUGCAAAAUAACAAUAAUAGCAACCAUGAAAAAUCUAGUUUAAAUUGGAACUCUAAUGAUCAGGUUAUGGAUUUUUAGAGCAGUGUGUCUCUACUUAGCAGUGACAAAUAUGACCCUAAAAAGGAGUAUUAUAAAAAUAAGAAAAAAAGAUAGGAACAACCUGGGGCUGUACUGAAUCAAUUUAUGUUUAGCAAUGAGACGCAUCUAUUGAAAAGCAUAAAUGGAUUUGAUCAUAUAGAGGAAGAGGUCGAAAAUGAUGUUCAACCUUGGAACAUUAAAAAUCAAGAAUAUGAGGGAAAUUUUUAAGAUGGAUUUAGAAACGGAAUAGGAAGAAUGAUUUAUCAUAAUGGAGAUAUUUAUAGAGGAUAAUUUUUAAAGAAUCUGAGGCAUGGAUCUGGAUCAAUUCUUUUUAAAGAUGGUAGAUAUUUUAGAGGCAACUGGUAAAACGAUAUGUUUCAUGGAAGAGGUAUCUAUAAGAUGAGUGGGGAUCCUGAUUCACUCAUCAUAGAAGGAUAAUUCGAUAGCGGCCAUAUAGUUCCAGGCCAAGUUAAAAUAUAGUACUAGAAUGGAGAGAUCUAUGAGGGAAAGGUUAAUGCUCAGCUAAAAAGAGAAGGUUAGUUUGGUAAAUUUUACUUUUUGAAUGGCGAUACUUAUGAAGGAGAGUGGAUCAGAGAUAAACGACAAGGCAAAGGUAAAUUGUUUUUCCAUAGGGGUGGAGAGUUUGAAGGAAUAUUCAAAGAUGAUGAGAUUUAUGAUGGAAAAUUAAGAGACAAAAAUGAUAAUUUAUUUGCGAAUGAUAAGAAAAAGGGCGGAUAUUUUUUAAGAGGUAAACUUCAUGGUUAUGGCAAGGCUAGUUUUUCAAAUGGAGAUGAGUAUGAAGGAGAGUUUAGAGAUGGAGUUUUUAGUGGGAAGGGUAAACUUAUUUACAAAAAUCUUGAUCCAUAAUAUUACGAAGAGGCUACUUAUAUAGGAUAAUUUAGAAAUCAUAAAAGAGAAGGAUAUGGUGAAAUGGCUUGGAGUAUUGGCAGGGAGGAAUACAAAGGCCUUUGGAAAAAUGACUAAAGACUUAAAGGCUCUAUGGUUUUAAGUGAUGGGAACGUUUAUGAUGGUGAAUGGUUGAAUGAUGCAUUUCACGGAAAAGGUAAAUUGACUUUCAAGUCUUUUUCUAAAGGUGAUAAGGGUAUAACUUUUGAAGGUUAGUUUGAUAGUGGGCAUUAGACAUCUUACGGAAAGCUGAUACAUCCAAAUGGCGAUAUUUAUUAAGGCGAUUUAGAUGAGUAAAAAAUGCAUGGAAAGGGUAUCCUAUAUAAAGCAAAUGGAGAUAUUUAUGAUUGCCAAUGGAUAGAUGAUCGUAAAGAAGGCACUGGCUUCAUUCAGUAUUCUAACGGAGAUAGUUUCAAGGGAGAAUUUCAUGAUGACAAAAUAGAUGGAUUUGGAACGCUAAUGAUGAGAGAGAACAAAUAGCUCUAUAUAGGAAACUGGACUAAUAAUAAUAAGCAGGGCUAGGCAUAUUUGAUUUACUCAGAUAGGAAUAAGUAUUUUGAAGGAAACUUUAAGAAUAACAAGCCAGAUGGUUAAGGGCAUAUUAUUAAUGAGCCUCCUGACAUGACGAAAAUAUUUAGUCAUUUUAACAUACCUGAGGACUGGAAUACAAUUUAAUGCAGCAUCAAGAUUUAGAAAGAUAUCAUAUAAUUGCUAUAGAGAAUCAAUAAGAACUGA